GGUCAUGAUCUGCCAACGCCACCUGGGCAUCUACCAGAAGGGCUGCCCGCAGAACGGCAUCAGUGACGCGUGCGAGCGCAUGAAGGAGCCUGAGCAGCGGGCCAAGAUGGACCAGGUCGAGCGCAACGGCAACUUGCGUGGCACCGAUGCGAGGCCGUGGGGCUUACCACAGAGCGUCGGGCAUGUCGCCCAGUGGGGUUGCAGAGCGCAUCGUCUGGCGACUGCCGUGAACAAGGAUGCGUGGGAGAAGGUCCACGGGAAGAAGAUGACGCAGCGGUUUCCCAAGCCCGAGCACCCGACGAUGAUGGCCAUGAAGGAGGACGGCAGCAUGGAGUUCGAGAAGGUGUGGCUCUACAGGCCUGUGCCGUGGAGCGGUUUCAGGAUGGUUGAAGUCGGCGCAGGCCUCGCGACGGAGAUCAACACGCCCAUGAUGCCGUCGGACCGUCACUACUACGAGGACCAGGCGAAGGAUGUGGCCGCGGACACGGCCAAGAAGGAGAUGUCGCGCCUCAAGGUUCCUUGGGAGAGCUUCGCCGAUGGCAUGAACUCCCUCCCAGCGAGCUUGUUCGAUGCGCAUGGUGAGCCGAAGCUCCACCCGCUAGGUUUCACCAUGGGCGAGUGGGGCAGCAACGAGGUGGUGGCCACGGGCGCGCCCAUGCCUUUUACGCCAGGGGCCAUGAGGAUGAAGAUGCGUGGGGAAGCGUCGUCGGCUGCAGAUACUCCGAUGACGCCAGCGGCGCGCGACGGCAACCUGGAUGCGAUGGAGAGGCUCGCUGCCUCGCUUGGACAGCCUUGCUCGAGUGGCGCGUUGCCUCGCGAGCGCGAGGGGGGCCCUGGCGACAUCAUGAUGGCAGGGACGUUGGACGACGUCGGCAUGGACGAUGUCGCAAGCACCCCGAGGCAGACGGCAACAUUCAACCUUGACGAGCCUGUGACAUGCAGCAAGAGGGACGACGCCGAGAGCAUGAUCAGUUUGGGCUCCGCUGCGUUAGGCGGCAAAGUCGACGCCCAGAAGUACAUAGACGUCCUGGACUUGGAAGUCGCCCAGCAAUCGCCGAAGCUGGGUAAUCUGCACCACCACGCCACCAACUACUCCCAGCGGGUCGGCGACGACAAGACCAAAGAUGCGAACAUAAAGGAGCUCAAGAACAGAUUGGAACUCUUCGGGCACGCUCAGAGAUUCAACAGUCGACAUGAGGGGUCUUACACCUACGACGCGCUGGCGGCGUCAUACGAUACUUUGGUUUCUGCUCAGGUCCGCAUGCUCCCCGUGGCCAACGCCGUCAUCUGGAAGAAGAAGGUUGAUAUGAUGUUGCAGGCUGAUGUCACAAAGGAGUCUGCUUCUGCGAUGUGCAGGGCUUGCGCUCCGAUCCCGCUCCCUGCUUCCAUGGACGAGGCCUUCGACGUUCGGGCCCCGUGCCUAUCCCGAUUGUCGGCCGUCGACGAGUGGUGCAAGAUCCAGAGGUUUUAUUUGUAUUUCUGCGAGUCCUGGUUCCUGCCGAAGCUGGAGUCGGGCUGCCACGAGGAGAUCAUUAGCAGCAUCAUCGUGGACAUGAGACAGUACAUCACACGAGUGCUGGAAUCGUGCCAUAUCGGCGAGGUCACCGUGAAGUUCUUCUUGGAGCUCAACCGCCUGCUGCGGGGCACCCAGGAUUGCAUGAACAUCGAGGCGAUCUUCGACAGCGGGGAGUUCGAGGAGAGAUGCAAGGGCGUCCUGCUGCUCGCCGAGACACGGUGCUCAGAGAAGUUGCGGAAGACCUUCGCCCUGGCAAUCCAGAGCCAUGAGAAGUACAGCAGGGCUGCGUUCAACCUCUCAGACCAGAUGAAUAGCUUGAAGUCGAAGCUGGUUAACGCUGCCAAGAUCAUGGGGAGGUUGGAACCGUCGAGCCGAAUGCACGGGACUAUCAUGAAUCGCAUCGUCAGCAAGUGCUUGAAGUAUGUAUCGGUGAUCAAUGCCACGCCAUCGCCGCUGGAAGGUGAGGCCGCAUCCGCCUUGGACAUGAUGUGCGAAGCUGCCGUCCAGUUCCCCUUCAACCCGGAGCUCAACACCGUCCUCGCCGAGCUCCAGGCCGCGACCGUAGCGGCGAGCGAGGCCGAGAGCACCGAGCUGUUCACCGCUAUCGUCACGGAGGUGCAGGCAGAGUGCGAGAAGGAGUCCGCAGAGUUGACGGUGGAGCUCGUUCAGAGGCUUCAUGAUUGCGCAGAGAAGCUGAGUGACAACAAUCGCCAGCCUUCCGAGCUCGAAGCUGUUUGCACACUCGUAUCCUCCAUGGUUCACGCCACGGCGAAGGACGAGUUGAAGCAGGAUGUCUGCGACGCCAUCGUGCACGCGAUCGGGGUGCUCAAGAACGUGUUUGCUUACCAGCUUGCGGGGAGCUCUGCGUCGAGCAAUUUGCUUCUCGUCGUCGGCAGUGCGCUCACGUCAGUCUCGAACCUGGCCCGUGCUUGCGAAGCAGUGGAGACGUACUUCAAGUGGGACGGGCGGGAUGCCGAGCCAGACUUGACGGCCAUCGCUCGUGGAGAUCACCAGUCCAGGUCAAUCACCCACGAGUUCAACGCUGCGAGGGUUAAGUGGGACGGCCUCGUGAACAAAGACAUCACUUCGUCGGAGCACCGUGAUCACCCAGGUAUCCAGGCGCUCGUCUCCGCCGCGUCCAAGCUCAAGAAGGUGACGGGCAUCAAGCUCGAGAGCGUGGGCGAGAAGAUCAAGCGAAUCAAGCAGGAUGAGCUGACGGAGAUUCUCCAGUCCUUGACGCGCAACUGCGGCGGGCUACCCGACGCGGAGUGGGAGCGCGGGUUCAAAGGAAAGUCCUUCAAGAUGCUGCAGGAGCAUUGCGACAAGACCCUCCUGGGAGAGAACUCGACGGCGGGCGGGCUGAAGAAGGAGUGGACGGCGCUCGAGAAGGAUUUGAAUGCUGGGGUGUCAAGUUUUUUCGAG